ACAAUAAGAUACAACAGGUUUGGAUGGGGCUCUCUUUGUGCUGCCGGAGGAGGCGCCUACUACUUCGCCAAGAAACAGAUCAAUGCCGACCGAGCUGCGAAACUUGAGGAAACGCGGAGGAAGAAGCGGAUGAUCGACUCUCUCGAAUAUUCAAGCAACGUUCCUGCCCAUCCUGGAUCUUCUGCCACUAUGGGUGGCGGUCCCGUAGGCAAUGGGACGUCGCCACGGACCGAUGCAGCUGGGUCUCCAAGCCAAGAAGCAAGCAGCGACCCGGCGCCAACGAGACAUGCCCCGGCGACCGAAGGCCAACGCAUAUUCGAGAAGAGCAAGUACGAGAGUGACAAGCCGUUCAAGAGUCCGAAGGGCGACCGGUUUUCAUAG